AUUUCAUAAAACACGAAUCGGUGCUAUCGAUUGACAUAAACAAAAACAGCUGAUCCAACUCCUUUUUCAACAAAUUUGUUUGCCGCAACAUGCGAUUGCUAACCAGAUAUUGUGAUUUUAAAAUAUUAGGAGGAAAACGUUCGUUUUUCGGCAGGAAGAAGUACGAUCUAGGAACAUGCAACCUUGUCGAACCAGGGAUAAUUUCGCCGGAAAGAGCGGUUCCUGACCACAUCGUUAAACCGGAUUAUUACUUUGGUUACAAACCACCGGGCUCGGAUGAUGGACAGCCGGAAAUAAAAACUGUGGACCAAAUUCACGGCAUGCGAGAAAGUUGCCGGCUAGCUGCAAAUAUACUGAAAAAGACUUGCGAUAUCACGAAGGAAGGCCUAACUACCGAUGAAAUCGAUGCUUAUGUGCACAACGAAGUAAUCAAAGCAAAUGCCUAUCCAUCACCGUUACGAUAUAUGGGAUUUCCGAAGUCGGUUUGCACAUCGGUUAACAAUGUGGCAUGCCACGGAAUUCCAGAUGAUCGUAAACUCAUGAACGGGGAUAUAAUUAAUAUAGACAUAACGGUUUACUAUAAGGGAUAUCAUGGAGAUUGUUCUAGGACAGUUCUGAUAGGCAACGUCGACGAACGAGGGUGCCAUCUGGUGAGUUCUACGGAAGCAAGUCUCAACGAGGCUAUUCGAUGCUGUGGUCCAGGACAAGCUCUGUGCGUUAUAGGAAGGACGAUUUCGAGGUUCGCCAAGCGCAGAAAGUUAACUGUGAUGCCGGCAUUUUUGGGACACGGUAUCGGAAGCUACUUCCACGGUCCACCUAAUAUAUUUCAUUUUAAAAAUGACUACCCAGGUACAAUGCUGCCCGGUAUGACAUACACCAUCGAGCCAGUUUUGACGCUGGGUGACAUAGAGGCAGAGGUACUUGAAGACGGCUGGACCGCUGUAUCGGUUGACAACGCUAGGAGUGCCCAAUUCGAACAUACAAUUCUGAUUACCGAGGAUGGUUGUGAAGUGCUCACUCUGCCGGAUUAGUCAACCGAAAAUAUCGAAAUGAAUUCUAUUGCUCAUAAUGUUCAUAGUUCUAAGAAUAUUGUAUUAACUACAAAAAAAAUUCAAGCCUUGUCGAAAACUCAAAGUAGAUUA